AUGAAGCUGAUCUCUGGACUUGCCACCCUUGUCUCCAUCGCGGCCGCCGCGCCAUCCAUGGUUGACCGGGCGUCCUCUCCCCUCAAUGUGAAGCUGGAGAAGGCGGGCAACUCGGCCAUCAAGGCUACUAUUUCCAACGUUGGCCAUGAGGACCUUCGGAUCUUCCGCCCGGGAUCCAUCUUUGACAGCUCGUCUGUCGAGAAGGCCAAGGUCAAAGCCGGCGACCGAGAGAUCGGAUUCGCUGGAAUUAGGAAGCGAGUUUCCACAUCCAAGAUUGCGGAUGCGUCAUUCCAGCACAUCUCCGCGGGCCAGUCGAUCGUAGUCACCUUUGACAUCGCCGCGACACACGACCUCUCAGCGGGUGGAGACUUCCACGUCGUAUCCGCUGGGAAACUCAUGAUCGCCGGUAAAUCUGGGGACAAUAAAAUUGUCAAGUCGCUGCCAUACCAGUCCAACGUGCUCGAGACGAAGAUCGACGGGGCACAGGCAGCGGCCGUGCGGGCAAAGGCCAAUAAGCAGUGGAAGCGCACCAAUGUCCAGAGCGACUGCACUGGAGAGCGGCUUUCCGUCACGGAACAGGCCCUCCAAAACUGCGAGUCCUUGUCGCGGACCGCGCAGCAGGCCGCUUCCUCGGGUCCCGCCGAGAAGAUGGAGGAGUUCUUCAAGGCGUCUGACAGCAACACCCGCAACACCGUCGCUGGGGUCUUUAGCCGUGUUGCUGAAGAAUGUGGCUCGACGAGCUCUGGCGCGUCCACCUACUACUGCACCGACGUCGGCAACUACUGCGAGAGCAACGUUUUGGCGUACACGGUGCCGAGCCAGAGCUACAUGGUGUACUGCGACCUCUACUUCAACGACCUUCCGCCGCUGACCAGCACUUGCCAUGCGCAGGAUCAGGCGACGACUAACCUUCAUGAGUGCACGCAUUUGACGGAGAUUCAGGGCACGGACGAUCUCGGCUACGGCUACGAUGCCAUUCUGCAGCUCUCUGCUUCCGAGGAACUCAACAAUGCCGACACGUACGCUGUGUUUGCCAACUCCCUGUAUGCUGGCUGCUAG